CCAUUCCUGGUUGAUCUAGUUCACUCGUAAAAUAUUCCCUAAAUAUUUACCAAAACAAGCCGGCAUGGAAUGUUCGAUUCUAACGACUAUUCUUAUAACAGGACCACCAGGAGUGGGCAAAAGCACUCUGAUCCGCAAGAUUUGCUCGAAUCUGCGGGAUAAAGGACACCUCCUCCAAGGCUUCUAUACGGAGGAAGUGCGAGGUGAGGGAAUUAGCCAAAGAAUCGGAUUCGAUGUGGUCACGUUGGCGGGAAAACGGGGAAUCCUGGCCCGAGAGAAUCCAGAAGACAAGCUACGACGGCCCAAAGUGGGCAAGUAUUCAGUGUUUGUCCAAAACUUCGAGGAUCUUGCCUUGCCACUGUUGGAUUUCAAGGACUCGCAGCCAGAGCCGCAUCUUCUAGUCAUUGAUGAGGUGGGCAAAAUGGAGCUGUUUAGCAAGCGUUUCGAGGCGGCCAUGGUUGAUCUUCUAAAGAAAAAAAGACCCUUAUUGGUGGAACAGCUGAGGAAAAUCCCAACUUCCAUUCUCUACCAGGUGACCAAAUCCAAUAGGAAUAUUUUGGCAGGCGAAAUUACAGAUCUCAUUACAAAGUCCUUGGUUGUAACAAAAUAAA